GUCCUGGUUCCGGGACGCAGGCGCAGUGCAGGGGGAUCCGGGCAGCGGUUGGGCAAUGCGUUGCGGUCAAUUUGUGUUCUCGGUCUGGCUGAGCGUUCAGCUCAGCUUCUCGCACGGAAUCUACUUUCACAUCGGGGAGACUGAGAAAAAAUGCUUCAUCGAAGAGAUACCCGACGAGACAAUGGUGAUCGGUAAUUACCGGACUCAGCUGUGGGAUAAGCAGUCGGAAUCUUUUCUGCCCUCGACUCCAGGGUUGGGUAUGCACGUGGAAGUACGGGAUCCCGACUUCAAGGUUAUCCUAUCCCGACAGUAUGGCUCGGAGGGCCGAUUUACCUUCACAUCACACACUCCUGGUGAACAUCAAAUCUGUCUGCACUCCAACUCUACAAAGAUGUCAUUGUUUGCAGGGGGCAAGCUGCGAGUUCACCUUGACAUCCAAGUGGGGGAACAUGCCAACAACUACCCAGAAAUUGCUGCAAAGGAUAAGCUGACUGAAUUGCAGCUCCGAGUCCGGCAGCUGUUGGACCAGGUUGAACAAAUUCAGAAAGAACAAAACUACCAGAGGUACAGGGAAGAACGAUUUCGGCAGACAAGUGAAAGCACAAACCAACGAGUCCUGUGGUGGUCGAUCGCGCAGACAAUUAUCCUGAUCCUAACUGGAAUCUGGCAAAUGAAACAUCUGAAGAGCUUCUUUGAGGCGAAGAAACUGGUGUAGACACCUGUCACCUGCUGUCAUUGCAAGGACAUGGCAACAAACUCAACCUUCCAUCCUCAGUGACUCGCUAUUUAACUUUACAUUUGUUGUACUUGAAGCUGUUCUAGAAAUCGAAGGGGGUGAUGUUUGAUUCUGUAUUUUCUAAUUAUGGUAACUUGAGUGAGGCUGUCUUGGAACAGUUCAUGCAGGAAUCUCUGAUAUAUUUGAAAAAAAAUGUGUUGCUUUAUAAAUUAACUGGUCAUUGUUGAUUCAAGGUGGGAGCUGUUCCCUACUUAUCAUGUAUUUCAGAUUUGUGAAAAGUCACAGCAAAUACUUGCGAAUAACUUGAUUUCAAAGGGUUCUUUCCUGACGUUGUCAAGGUUUUAAAAAAAUGCUGCCUGUGAGGAGUUAUCAAAGUGUUUAGCAUUCCUGGCAUAGAUUUGAGUUCUGAGUCAUUUGAAUUUUUGAUUGGAUCAUUCUGCAUUUGUCUAUUUGUGAGAACCCAGACAAUGUUAUCCCAUCCAGCUCAUCAAUUUUAUUUGCUGGGAGUCUGGCUAACUUCUUAUCAUUUCUUACAAACCAGCAAAACUGCUGAAGGAAACAUGACGUCAAUACAUAAAUGUAUUGAUGAAUUUGUAUUGAAGGGAAGAAUUUUUUUGCAGCCACUUUGUGAAAGGUAACCCUUGAACUCAAAUUUGUUUGUGGAAUUGUAGAACUCUAAUCCUCCUCUAUCGAUGAUUCCUGGUCUUUCUUUCUGAGGAGAAUGGUAUGGUGAAGGUUUGGAUUCACUCAUGAUGAGCUCUGCUUUCUUUGGGAACUGGUUGUUUUGUAUGUAUGUUGAGUAAUGCGGGAUAUGGAAAGGAAUCCAUAAGGUAUCUUCUCUCACUUGAAGUGAGCUUUCUUGUAUUAAUAAAAGGGCCUUUUUAGUUUAUGCACUGAUAUGAAAGCAAAGCAAAAGGAUUUGAUUUUAACUCCCAUGUGCAUAUUGUGGGGUGUGGGGAUGUGGAAGGCUGGAGCUUUGUAUGCAAUUAACAUGAAGCAAAUGGUUUACCAGUCAGACCUCCACAAUCCUUUGAGAUUUUAGUUCCUGAAGCUCAGCUGCACAGGCCAUGACUGUUUCAUUGGAAUUGGGCAGGACAAUUAAAUGGCGGUAGGCUGGAGGUUGCCACUUGGGAUCCAAACUGAUGGUGCCCUAUAAUGAGAUUGCAAGUUGUGUCGAGAGGGGAUGGUUUGGUGUGGUAUAAUGGCAAGUAUACAUGAAGAAACAAGGUUCUUGUGGUGCAGUGGUAUCCCUGGGUUCAAGUCCCCACUUCUCCAGAGGUGUGAAAAUUCUCAUGUCUCUGAACUGGUUGAUUAGAUAGAAAAUAUCUUGAGUGCUGAAAGUGGAUGUUAGGGAGAAGACAACAAUAGUACCUCCAAAGACCUCUUCUGGCCACAACUUCUCAUCUGAGCUUGCCACAUUUUCUUUACCCAGUCUCUGGAUUAAAAUGGCAUUUGUACCCUGUGACAUCACCACUCUGUCCAUUUGAAGAAAGUGAUGCAGUUGCUAUCUGUUGAGUGUUCAAACCAUGAGGAAAGCAGUUGGGUCACUGCAGGUUGGUGGCUGUGGCCAAUUUGAACUGCUUGUCAGCUCGGAUUCCACCAGACAUACUAGAUUAUCUUUGAACCUUUAUGUUAAUUGCCUUAAUUGUAUUUAAUCAGAGCUAACCUGUGAACAGCACUGGUCAACAAUUUCUCUGAAUUCAGUGAUUUGCCAACAGCCCCUCUUCAACACUUGCAGUGUGCUAUUUCCUGUCUUGUCACAGAUACUGUAAGAUGGAGCUUUCAUUUUAAUGUUAUGUGAUAUAUUGUGGUAAGAAUCUGUGAUAUUCAGCAGAAUCAUUGCUGUAAGGACAGAGGAAGCUGCUGCACUGCAAAUAUAUUCAGGUGUCUGUCUCCUGAGAAAUUGCUGCUGGUUUUAUUCAGUUUUAGUUAGUCCCAUUCCUCCUGUACCCCUACAUUGUUACCCUUUUGACAUAAACUGUUGCAUCAUUGGAAUAGGGAAUUAACAUUUAAAAUAAAUUUCUUCAAAUAA